ACGAAGGCGUCCGCUUCCGACUGCAAGCCGCGGCGUGACUCCGUUUCCCUUUUAAGAUCGACAACGCUUCUCCUCCUAUCUUUCUCGAAACCCUCGCGGUGAUCGCGAUGGCUUCCGAUCCUCUCCUUAACCUGGCUAAAGUUCCUCUCCCGAUCGAUCCAGACAGUAAAUCUGAGUUUCCAGUGGUCCCUAUCCAUAUUGUCACCCAUGCUUCCCAAUUACCACCUGAAUUUAUUGAUCCUCCGGUGGAUAGGCAGGUGGUCAUCGGAUUUGAUUGUGAGGGAAUCGACCUCUGUCGACAUGGAGCUUUAUGUGUAAUGCAGCUUGCACUUCCCAAUGCCGUAUACCUUGUUGAUGCUAUAGAGGGUGGGGAGUUACUUAUCCAAGCCUGUAAGCCUGCACUUGAAUCCACUAACAUUAUGAAAGUAAUUCAUGACUGCAAACGGGAUAGUGAGGCUUUACAUUUUCAAUAUGGCAUAAAACUGAACAAUGUAUUUGAUACCCAGAUUGCAUAUUCUUUGAUAGAGGAGGAAGAAGGAAGGAAGCCAUCGCUUAAUGAUCAUAUUUCUUUUGUUGGGCUUCUCGCAGAUCCUCGAUACUGUGGAAUAUCCUAUCUUGAAAAGGAGGAAGUGCGUGUCCUGCUAAGACAGGAUCCUGAGUUUUGGACUUACAGACCAAUGUCUGAAAUGAUGAUCCGAGCAGCUGCUGAUGAUGUUCGCUUUCUCCUAAGUAUUUAUCAUUCAAUGAUGGAGAGACUGAAUAAGAAAUCCUUGUGGCACCUUGCACUUCGUAGCUCACUUUACUGUAGGUGUUUCUGCAUCAACGACAAUGACUAUGCAGAUUGGCCAUCCCUACCCCCUCUUCCAGAUGACAUAGUUGCGGAAGGUUAUGUUCCUGAGGAGGAGAUACUAUCCAUCCUGAAUGUUCCUCCUGGGAAAAUGGGGCGAGUUAUUGGGAGAAAGGGAGCCUCUAUCCAGUCCGUGAAAGAAUCUUGCCAUGCGGAAAUUAUUACUGGUGGCGCAAAGGGCCCUCCCGACAAGGUAAAGGCCAUUUUGAAUCUGCAAGGACCUUUUGGCUCCGCAGAAAUCGGUGAAACAAGGAUAGGAAGAGUUUUCAUCAUUGGGCCUGUGAAGCAGGUAAGGAAAGCCGAGGCAAUAAUCCGAGGGCGCAUGCUGGAUUUAUAAGCUUGCUGCUGUGGGACCUUUCAGCUUAUCACCCCUUGUAGAACAAAGUGUGGCACUGAACAUCAACUUUUCAUCCAGGAACAAGAAUGUAUGAGAUUGUUGUCUGUCCGAUGUAAAGAAAAUGUCUACCGACACUCGUGUUCCUGCAAGUUAGGUCUUUAUAUAGUUGGAUGAAACAACUAUGAACCUGGAAUUGUUGUGUAAGAUGUGUAUCUUGCAUUCUGAACACGGUUUAUGUUAUAUGAUUUCCCAUUCCAUUCUCGA